ACAGCCGAGACAAGUUGAAAAUUAGAACAAAAGAACAAAGAAAUAAAAGAAGCUGAUGAGUUGAUGGCUAGAGAAGAGCUAACGACAUCAGCAACAAGAAGUAAACGAUCGCCAUCGGGGACGACGAUACAAGGUUUACAAGAACAAAUUCCAGACUUCUCUCCACCAUGGGCGCUGCAGAACCAGUAAUGGAGGAACAAGGUAAGGAAAAUGGGGCGAGAGAAGAAGGUGAGAAGGAGAACAAGGUUAAUAGAGAUGCAAAGGAAACAGAUAAACAAGAGGUGGGUAUUCAAGAAAAAAUGGUGGAAAACUAUACUCAGAAGGAAUUCCAUGUGUCCAAUUUGAGAAAUUUGAAUCCAUCAAAUCCUCUGAGGAUUGUCGUUCAAGGUGGUCGAGUUCCAAAUAUCCCUCGAGGUCCAAAUGCCACUCGAGUUGCUGCUCCCGCUCCUGCACAGACUCUCUCAACUCCUCAACCACCGUUGAAUACACUGAGUUCAAGGGCUUACACGAAUCGAAUCUCUCUGUUUCUGUUUCUUCUACACAUGGUUGCUGCAGUUGGGCUGGUAUCGUUUCUUGGAUUCAAGGCGGUUCAAGGUCUCUUGAAAACUGGUGACACUCGAAGAAAAGAGAGAAGGAUAUUGGAGUUCUGGCUGCCACAAGUUGAAGGUUCAGCUAUUCUAAGCAUCAUUCUUGCCUUCGUAUGGCAAAAGGCAGUCAGAGAGUGGCCUCGAUUCAUGAUCAAAUUCAUAGUAUGGAGCAGCUUUGCGACAUCACUAUCUGCAGGGAUUCUCCUCCUUUGCUUCCAGAGGGCAACGACGGACGGCGUUGGUAUUGCCCUUAUCGGCUUUGCGAUCGGCAAUGGCCUCUAUGCUUGUUGGGUCGCACAGAGAGUUGGGUUCUGUGCAAAAAUAUUUAUAAAAUCUUUUGAACCAGUCUCGAAAUUCCCCGAUCUCAAUCAACCCACUUACUGGAUGCUCGGAAUUGGGUUCAUGUGGAUUUCUCUCUGGGUUUUAGCAGUUAUUGGAGCCUUGAAUUUCUACUUCCCCCCUUUGAUCAUAAUUGCACUGAUCUUGAGUUUAGCUUGGACAGCUGAAGUCAUGAGAAACGUAGCAAAUUUAACAGUUAGUCGGGUUAUAUCUCUGUAUUAUCUCAGAGGAAUGCAAUCUAAUACCCAAUUUUGCUUCCAUAGAGCCAUGACUCUGAACCUUGGAAGUGCUUGUCUAGGUUCUCUCUUUGUGCCGACCAUCGAAACUAUGCGAAUCAUUGCUCGGGGUCUCAAUUUACUGGAAGGCGAAGAUGAGUUCAUGUUCUCCUGCGCCCAUUGCUGCCUCAGAGUCAUGGAGUCCAUCUUCCGAUAUGGCAAUGGCUGGGCCUAUGUUCAGAUAGCUGCAUAUGGAAAGGGAUUUGUUGAGGCAUCAGAACAAACAUGGGAGAUGUUUGAGAGGCAGCAAAUGGAGCCAAUCGUCGACUCCGACAUAACCAGCGCCAUUGGCUUCCUCACCGGAGUAUGCAGUGGCUCCAUCUGUGUCCUUGUCACGGCUUCUUGGACUUGGGCGGAGCACAAGAGCUUCACGGCCACGGUCUCGCUCAUGGCCUUCUUCAUUGGCUACCUCUUGACUCGGAUCGGAAUGGCGCUGCCACACGCAUGUGUGAGUUGUUACUACGUCUGCUAUGCUGACAACCCCCAAAACCGGCUCUUCGACAAUACCAUACAGAACCGGAUCGAGUUGAUAAAAUCUGGUGGAGAUAACGUCGUUCCAACUCCCAGAGUUCCGGUUCCUCGUCGCUUCACUGUGUAGGACGAAAUCUUAUCUAUAUGAUACAACGGCUAUACAAAUUCUAUGAGAUUGUAUCACCACCGACAAUCAAUCCGAUCGAUUGAGAUCAACCAAUGGAGUUCUUGGGCCACACCCAAUUGACACCGAGGGUUCAACUUCAACCUAACCCGGACCAAUCACAUGACUGAACCAGUUCCGCAAAGACAGAGGAGUGGGGGACCCCUCCUAGGCCCUAAAUUGUUAUUGUAGUAAACUAGUAAUGGUGAUCACAUUGUUGAUGAUGACCCUGACCCAUUAAUUUUUUUUUUUGAUCAUCGAAGAGAUGAGGAGGGAGUGAGGGACCCACAAAGAUUCUCAUCUACAAAGCUGAAUGGUGUAAAACAGAAAGGUCCGUGUAUUACAUGCAAUAUACUUUUGGGAUA